AUGCAUAUGGACAAGGUUGCAGAUCAGCAAGAUGCUGAUGAAUGUAAUCAUCAACACCCUGCAGAUGUUGAUGAUGGGCUUGGAGAUUUUUGCAGUGACAAUGGGGCUGGAGAUUUUUGUGGUGAUGAUGGUCCUGGAGAUGUUCAUGGUGACAAUGGGGCUGGAGAUGUUUGUGGUGAUGAUGGAGAUAGAGAUUUUCAUGGUGACAAUGGGGUGCUGAUUAAGAACCCCCUAUCCUCUUUGCAUCCACCUCCUGUUGUCAGAGAUUCACCAGAGCCAACCAUGACCAUAUCUGAGUCUUGCAUGAGCACUAUUGAUGAAGGGGAGUCUCAAGUCGAAAGCCCCAAGUACAAGUGUAACACUGAGCAUAUCACAACUGUCAGUGCAGCAAAUGGCCCCACAACCCACAGAUGGAAUGAAGAAGAAGGUGUGGCAUCCUCAUUCAAACAAGAGUGGCAGAAACAGGUUGGCAGAUUGCUAGAGGAGUUCAACAAGUACUUUGAUGAGUUGCCUUCUGAAGCAAAGGCAAAAUACAAAGACGAAGGCAAACAAUCUGUUUUCAGGCAGCACUAUGUACUAGGAGGCAUGUUUUGGCAGACAGGCAAGCAGGAGCAGUGCGGGCAAGGGCAGUGUGGAUGA